UGGUUUAGAACAUAAAAUAUGUAUAAAUUGGCUUCAUUAGAAAAGGAAAGAGGCAAUUCCCUCACUGCAAAAUACUUUAUAUUCUCUCAAUAUACUUUCCUCUUACAUCAUUUCCAUAUAUAUACUCACCGGUUAUUGAAUUGUUCACCAAGCAAAAGAGAUGGGUUGGAUUUGGCAAGACGACGAUGACGAUGUUCCCCGCCGUUCCGGCGAUUACCCUAGCGGGUCAUCAGCCGGGGACGACGGCGGUCAGUGCGCCACCCGGAAAGUCGUAAGGACACAGUGCCGAAUCGAGGAGUCCGAGCCUGGUAAGUUCGUCCGAAAGUGCGAGAAGACCGAGGAAAUCUUCAAGGACUGCGUCGGAAGGCUGCCUGAGAUGGUGCAAUCUAACAAAGAGUACACCGAGGAAGAUGUAACGCACCAAAUGAAUAAAGGGUUUGCUUUGCCAGCUUUGGAGUCAUCACAUCAAACGCCUUUCGACUUCCCUGGGCUGCGCAGUGAUAUUGAAGCCAUGGAACGCAACUUCUUCACUGGCCUUGACCGCUUCUUUGGAGCAGCCGAGGACACCAUGAAUGGAUUCUUUGGCUCAUUUGGCAUCCCUCAAGUCGACAAUGGUGAUCAAUCCUCCUCCGCAAGGACCCGAGGUAUACCAGUUCCAGAAGCAGCCGAGGACACCAUGAAUGGAUUCUUCGGUUCAUUUGGCAUCCCUCGAGUCGACAAUGGUGAUCAAUCCUCCUCAGCAAGGACCCGAGGUAUACCAGUGGAAUGCAACCCCCCGAAAGAACCUUCAACUGAAGUGUUCACUUCUGAUGCAGGAUUUGAUUUUCCAGGACAGUCCAAAGAGGUCUGAAGCUAGUUUUUUAGAGGUUUUGGCUAUGGAGUUUGCAGAGUAGUUUGGUGGCUUUUUCAUAGUAUUGUUUAUGUGAUCCAGAAUGUAGCUUAGAAAUUUAUAAUAUAAUUCAUAUAGUAAAACCUUAUAUUAUAUAAAAUGUUAAAUUGAUCAAUGGAAGCAACAUUUUUAAAUGCU